UUUGAACUUUUUUAAAAUAAAAAACAAUAAUUCUGCGCUGCAACCUCGUCUUUCUCCGACCGCCGUUGUCUGCCACAACCUGGUACGUUGUCAUUUCCAUGCUCUUCCUUCUUCAUCAUCAUGAUUCCUCGACCCUCAAAUUCAAUUUCUUCCCUUUCUCACUUAAUUUUCACUAAAAACUCUUCUUUCUUUUAUUCUUCUUCUUCCUCUUCUCUAAUCACUCUCCAUGAUUCCGAGUCUAAACCAAUUUCAAGUCCUUUUUACAAUCUUCUUCCACCGACCCAAAACCCUAACAACAUUGUAAACCUCAUUUCUUCACUCCUCAAACAGAAAAGUUUCCAUCUUUCCCUUUUUCAGAACGAAAUCAAAGAGAUUCUUCCUCACCUGGGUUCCCAUGAAAUUUCUAGGGUUUUGCUUAGAUGCCAAUCUGAUCACUCUUCAGCACUCACAUUUUUCAAUUGGGUUAAAAACGAUUUGAGUAUCACACAUAGUGUUCAAAAUUAUUGCAUAAUUGUUCACAUACUUGCUUGGUCUCAAGUUUUCCCUCAAGCUAUGAAAUUGUUGUCUGAAUUGAUACAAUUGAAUGUUCCUGAUGAGGAUAUUUAUAAGAGUUUGAUUGGUUGUACUGAGGAUUGUAAUUGGAAUCCUGUGAUAUUUGAUAUGCUUAUUAAGGCUUAUGUGAAGUUAGGUAUGGUUGAGAAGGGUUUGGAAACUUUUAGGAACAAUGUUGAGGCUUGUUUUGUUCCGAAUGUUGUUGCUUGUAAUUGUUUGUUGAAUGGUUUGGUGAAGUUUAAUUAUAUUGAUGAAUGUUGGGAAGUGUAUGAAGAAAUGGGAAGACUUGGAUUGCAUAGGAAUGUUUAUACUUUCAAUAUUAUGACGCAUGUUUUGUGUCGAGAUGGAGAUACGGAUAAAGUGAAUGGAUUCCUUGAGAAGAUGGAGGAGGAAGGAUUUGAGCCGGAUUUGGUUACGUAUAACACACUCAUUAAUGGCUAUUGUAGGAAAAGAAGGUUGGAGGAUGCUUUUUAUCUUUACAAGAUCAUGUGCAUUAGAGGUGUGGUUCCUAAUUUGAUUUCGUAUAGUGCGUUGAUGAACGGUCUUUGUAAAGAAGGGAAGAUCAAGGAGGCUCAUCAGCUUUUUAAUCAGAUGGUUCAGAAAGGAAUUGAUCCGGACAUUGUGUCGUAUAAUACUCUUGUAUCCGGUUAUUGCAAAGAAGGUAAGAUGCAAAUGUGUAGAUCACUAUUGCACGAAAUGAUAGGAAUCGGGAUUCGUCCCGACAGUGUCACGUGUAGGAUUGUCUUUCAAGGAUAUGCAAAGGAGGGGAAGCUUUUGUCGGCGUUGAAUUUGGUUGCAGAACUUCAGAGGUUUGGAGUUACAAUUCCUGAAAAUUUAUAUGAUUAUCUCUUAGUUGCAUUGUGUAAAGAAGGCCGACCAUUUGCGGCUCGAAGUUUUCUGAUAAGGAUAUCUCAAGACGGUUAUGUGCCCGAAAUGAGUACUUACAUUAAACUUGUAGAGUCUCUAUGUAUUUUCAAUAAUGUGGACGAAGCGCUGAAUUUGAAAUCCGAGAUGACAAAAAAGAGUAUGAAACUGAAUCUCACUAACUAUAAAGCUAUCAUAAGCUGCUUGUGUAGAGUAAAAAGGACUUCAGAAGCUCAAGGCUUGUUGAAAGAAAUGGUUAGUUUAGGUAUUUUACCCGAUUUAGAAAUAAAGAGAGCAUUAAUAAAUGGUUAUUGUGAAGAAAAUGAUGUUGAAAAAGCUGUGUCGUUGUUGAAAUUUUUUGCCGAGGAGUUUCAAGUUUAUGAUACCGUUAGCUACAAUGCGAUUGUUAAAGUUUUUUGUGAGGGUGGUAAUGUGGCUGAGUUGAUGGAACUUCAAGAUAAGCUUGUCAAGAUAGGUUUUGUUCCAAAUAGUUUAACAUGCAAGUAUGUUAUCCGAGGAUUGCAGAAAGAUAUGGAACUCGACGACGAUAAAUUGGACCACAACAUGCUUGAAGUCUAAGUUGUCCCAAAAUAAGGCCGCGUUCGACAACUCACCUCAUUUUAAGAAGGUAGCGAAAUUGAUGAUAUGAUAAAUAUCUAAGCACUUGGAGAACCCUUCUGAAAGAAGAACCAAACCAGUUAAGGAUUCGGUUCCUCAGCAGCAAGUAAUCUGCCACAAUUUCUAAAGCAAACAUGUCAACUGUUUGAUAAAUCCAAGAUAAAUAUUGAGACUUUUUGAAUGUUUGAAUGAGUCUGAUCUGGUCCAAAUAUGUGUUCAAAUAUGCCAAGGUUUGAGACACUUACAGGUAUGAAUGAACAUACAUUACUUCAAAGUCUAAUGUAUGAAAUUGAAUAUGCAAAUUAGUGUCCCCAGAAACUUUACUGCAACCAAAUAAACACAAGAGAACAAAAGUUGUCUCGUGAAAGGUUCUAAGAACUAACAAAAAAAAAACUACUAACUUCAAGCAACAAACUGAAACAAUAACAUAGAACCCUUCACUCAAUGAACAAUAUUCUUGACAUAUUUAUGGAUCAGGAGGUUGAAAGUCUUCUAGUUCUUUGAAGAAGUUAUUCAGCCUACUAAUAUGCCUGGAGUGCGGUGGAUUUUAACAAGUUCCAACACAGAAUAUCUUCCACUUCAAGCUUUUCCUUCGACUCUUGCAAACACAUAUAUCUUCCACAUAUUCCCAUCAAUCUGCAUCAAUAAAUUAACUAUCCUAUACCAGUUACUUCAACCUGUAUCAGACACUACCAAAGUUAGAUAUCAUCAUUCCUCACUACAGUAUUUAUAUCAGGCAAUACUCUCAUCAAUUCUUCUUUUCAUAGCAACAUCGGCAGGCAUGGAAAUUAGUAUACAACAUGACAUACUAAUGUAAGAACAAAAUCAAAUGAUAUAAAAAUACUAAA